AUGGCGGAUAAUAUAUAUUCAAACAAUUUCAGUAGUUCUCCCACACAUUCUGAUGGGAUUCCAAUUGUGUUGGAUCCUAAUUUGAUAAAUCUCACAUUACCUACGAGUUCAACAGCAGCCUCGGUGCCAGCAACAGUUCCUACCAAUGGACCAGAAAGCGCUACCGAACCUCAACCGGAUUCAGCUGGAGCGAAUUCUCUUAAACAGCAACGUACGUUGGUGAAUAAUCCUUAUGAAACCUUCGGGCAAAUGCCAUUACAGCAGUUGAUUCCGUUAAUUUUGCAGAUGCGUGGGAAUGCCAAGUUUUCCGAUUUAUCAGAGGAAGCGUUAGUUCAGGAAAUUGAGAUGGAAGAAAAAGGGGUAACUGUUCAAACUGAAGAUAUGGAUGGUGAAAUCGAUAUGGGAACUCUAGAGGAAGAUCAGGCCCUGAAACCGCAGGAAAUUACAGAUGAUGGGUCCGAAUCAAGACCAAGGACUGGUACGGAGAACAUUAUGUCACAAGAACAAUUCAAUCAAUUAAAAAGGGAUGUUUUAGAACAUAUUAAUUUAGCAUUAAAUGAAUCAUCUUUAUCUUUAGAGUUUAUUGUACUGUUGUUAUCAUCUGUAAGAGCAUCUGUGGGAGUCAACUCUAUGUCGCCGUUUCUAAAGAGAUCUGUUCCACCAGCUUCAAUGAAUGCUGACAAAAUUCCUCUUCAACAGAAAUCAAAAAGGGAUAUUUUGCUUACUGCAGUAAUAAAUAAGGGUUGGAAGUUGAGGGCUCUAGAGGAAGCAAGAUCUUUAUUGAAGGAUAAUUAUUUGAAACUGGAAAAAUCUUUGGAAAUCGAACAGGCCCAUUGGGCCAUUAUAUCACAACAUAUAUCAAAUUCUGAUGUGAUAUUUAAAAUGCGUGACAGAAAUAUGGGGAAGAGGUCCUUGGCUAUCAAAUAUGGUUACGAAGACUCUGGUUCAUUGUAUAAGCAAGAUCGUGGUGUUGCCAUAUUAAGACAUAACACAGAACAAAACAAAUUAGAAUUAGUGCCAGUAUCGAACUCAAAGGAACAGGUUCAUAUCACUAAAAAUUCCGUUGAAAGAUUUAUGAGGGUCCACGUUUAUACAAAAAUAGAGGAAGACGAUGAUUAUAUCUUAAGCGGUGAGAGUAGCAUUGACGAUCAGUCCCUAACGCAAUGCAAUCUAGAUGAUAUUGGACGGCAAAUUGCAAGACUGAAGUUUUUUAUCUUUGAAAGAGAAUUGAUGUAUCAAUUGAAAAAGGAAUCUGCUCAGCUUAUUUCAUAUGGAGUAAACUUGGAAAACGAAAAUAAAAUUGUUUUUGAAUCACCUGGUGAAAAAAUUGAGAUUGAGAUGGUUCUAUUAGAUGAUAAUGCUUUGUUGAGUACUCAAGAUGCCCCUAGAAAAGAUGAUAAGAGAGCCAAUUUGAUUUUAAUUCUUUUACGCAUGUUGUUGGUAGUGAUGCAUAAGAAGCAACUGAGAUACGAGUUAAAACCAACAUUAACGAAACAGAAACCCAGGGGAUAUGAUAAAGACUUAAUAUUGCUAAGGCCAAUCGUCGGAAAGAUUAGACAUCAAAACUAUUUAAAAUUGAUAGAAAAGGUCGUUACAGAAACUGUACUAAACAAGAUACCAAACUCUACGAUCAAUUUCAUUCCUACAGCAGAGGAAAAGGAUACACAUACAUAUAAGGAAUUAUAUGCCGCUGAGUUAGAUAAACAGAUAGCAUUGUUUGACAAAAUGUUAACAAUUCCAAAAACAGAGAUGAAAAUUAAUUUACUUAAAAAGGGUACCAUAAACUUGAUCCUAAAGAGCAUUAACUAUUGCAAUGCUGUGAUCCAAGUGAAGUAUACGAACUUUUCCGGUGAAGUAAUUUUUGAUGCCAGAUUUACAGAGUACAAAGAAUUGGAAGAAUUUUUGAACUUCAUUGUUAGCGAAUAUGUAACGUGA